AGGAGGAGGAGGAGAAGAAGAAGGACAAGAAGACCACCGGCUCCUCUGAACUGCACAAACAAAAUGGCUUUUAGUUCAGCUUUGAGAAGCGGUCGUCGCUUAUCAGGUCUUGCGUCCUGGAUGUCCUCCGGCAGCAGUCGUGGCAGGGUGUGCGUCCCCCCCAUCCUGAUCACCCAGCAGAGAAACCAGUCCUCCUCUUCGAAGAUCAAAGUAGAUUUUGAUCAAAGUACAGGCGUGGCAGUGAUGCACAUGCAGAGUCCUCCGGUCAACAGCCUGAGUUUGGAUUUCCUCACAGAGUUCUGCAUCAGUUUGGAGAAGCUGGAGAUGGAUAAAGGCUGCAGAGGUCUCAUCAUCACCUCGAGCCAACCCAAGGUGUUUUCAGCUGGCCUGGAUAUCUUAGAGAUGUACGGUAAAAGUCCCGAGCGCUGUGGGGAGUUCUGGAAAGCCGUGCAGGAGAUGUGGCUGAAACUCUAUGGCUCCGACAUGGUCACUAUAGCUGCAAUUAAUGGUUCCAGUCCUGCAGGCGGAUGUCUCCUUUCUUUGGUGUGUGACUACAGGAUCAUGGCAGAUAACCCUCGUUACAGCAUCGGUCUGAAUGAGACACUGCUCGGUAUUGUAGCACCUUUCUGGUUUAAGGACACCUUACAAAACAUAGUAGGGUACAGGAACACAGACAUCUCACUGCAAUUGGGGCUGCUCUACAAACCUUCAGACGCCUUGAAAAUAGGACUUGUGGACCAAUUGGUACCUGAGGAUCAGAUUCUCACCACAGCCACACAGACCAUGAGCAAGUGGUUAGCUAUUCCAGAACACGCCAGGCAGAUCACCAAGUCCAUGAUGAGGCAGUCGACGAUUGACAAACUAAGGUCUAACAGAGAAGCUGACAUCCAAAACUUUGUCAGUUUUAUCACUAAAGAGUCCAUCCAGAAGUCGCUGCGUAUGUACAUGGAGAUGCUCAAACAGAAAAAGGCCUGAAGUGGAGCACCAAACGUCCACACAGAGUAUUAAUUUAGGCCUGGCUUAUAAAAAGGGUUUUCUCUGUUUGAAACAGUUUAGUUCAGUCCUCUACAUGCAGAUGAAUAAAUAUUUUAAAUGAGUGUGUGAUGAACCAGCCUGUGAAGCUUCUCUUACCUAAAAUUGUUCAUUUU